AUGAAGUUUCGGGCCAAGAUCAUGGACGCGGCCUGUCUGAACCACUUCACGUGGGUCAGUGCCAUGAUAGCCAAGCUUGCCAAAACCUGCACGCUCCGCAUCAGCCCGCAGAAGCUGAACUUCAUCCUCUCGGACAAAGUGGCCAACGGAGGGGUGAGCAUGUGGUGUGAGCUGGAACAGGAGAACUUCUUCAGUGAAUUCCAAGUGGAGGGGGUGUCUGCGGAAAACAAGGCCAUCUCUUUAGAGCUGAUGUUGGAAAAUUUAUCUCAAGCGUUGAAAACGGCCUGGAAUGCCAGAGCCUUGAAGAUCAAGCUGACGAAUAAACACUCUCCCUGCCUCACGGUCUCUAUAGAGCUGUUAUCUGUGUCGAGCAGUAGCCGCAUUGUGACAUAUGACAUCCCUGUUAAGGUUAUUCCUAGAAAAUUGUGGAAGGAUUUGCAAGAACCUACAGUCCCAGUCUCCGAUGUUAGUAUUUAUUUACCUGUCUUGAAGACGAUGAAGAGCAUUGUGGAAAAAAUGAAAAACAUCAGUAAUCACCUUAUUAUCGAAGCAAACCUAAGUGGAGAAUUGAACUUGAAAAUAGAAACAGAACUAGCAACUCACUUUAAAGACCUGGGGAACCCUCCGUCAGCCUCUGAAGAUGCCUCUCAGGAUAGAGACCCAGAGCAGAUGGCUGAGGUGCACGUAGACAUCCAGAAGCUCCUGCAGUUCCUCGCUGGGCAGCAAGUGAAUCCCACGAAGGCCGUGUGCAACAUUGUCAGUAACAAGACUGUCCAUUUUGAUUUGCUCCAUGAAGACGUUUCCCUGCAGUACUUCAUCCCGGCCUUCUCCUAG